UACUAGUACUUCAAGUCCACACCACACUCCUUCAACCACUGGUUUCAUUUCAGUUUCACUCACUUCCUUAUACUCUCUUUUUCCGUUCCUUCGUUAAAACCCUAACCGAAACCCUUCCAUUCCACUUUCGCAUUUCUACAUUCUCACGCGCCACCACUCUUCAGAUCUAACCGCAAUGCUCAACUAACUCCACCGCAUAAUGUCAAAUCCCGAUCCCAACAACCGCCACCGCCACCCUUCCUGGCCACCGCCAACUGAUUCCAAACCAAUUCCACCUUCUUCUUGGGCGAAGAAAACCGGUUUUAAACCCAAAUUCUCCGGUGAGACUAAUGCUAGUAAUUCCGGUCAGAUAAACCGGAUUCCUCCUGAACCGCCGCAAGUGGAUCUUGAAGCCGGUCCGGUUCGUCCUCCAUCAAACGGUGUCGUACAGAGUAAUAAUGUGAAUGCGACUGUUCCGGUGCCGGUUCCGGUUGUUAAAGAUCAAACAGUGAAGAAACGGAGGGAUUCUGAUGGUGUUCCGAGUACUAAUGGACAGGCGAAUCCUGCACCGGGGACGGGAACGGAGCAGGCCACGCAGGUGAGGAGGACGUUGAGGAAUGAGGAAGUUGUUGAUGGUUUGGUUGUUGAUGAUGAAGGAUUUGCGUCUAGGCAUGCUCAUAUGAAAUAUGAGCUAAGAGAUUUUCCUGGUUUAGUUCCGAUUGCGGUGUAUGGUAUUCAGCAUUACGUUUCAAUGUUAGGUUCGUUGAUUCUUAUUCCACUUGUUAUUGUUCCUGCCAUGGGAGGUUCUCACGAGGAAACUUCUAAUGUGGUAUCAACAGUGUUGUUCGUUUCGGGGUUGACUACUCUGUUGCAUAUUAGUUUUGGGUCGAGAUUGCCUUUGAUACAAGGCCCUUCAUUUGUUUACUUGGCGCCAGCUUUGGCGAUAAUAAACUCCCCAGAGUUACAAGGAUUAAAUGGAAAUGAUAAAUUCAAGCAUAUAAUGAGGGAGCUUCAGGGGGCUAUAAUUAUUGGGUCCGCCUUUCAAGCUCUACUUGGAUAUACCGGACUUAUGUCACUCUUAGUAAGGUUGAUCAAUCCUGUAGUUGUAUCCCCAACUAUUGCUGCAGUUGGACUUUCAUUUUUCAGUUACGGAUUCCCAUUAGUGGGUACAUGUCUUGAGAUUGGUGCAGUACAGAUAUUAGUGGUUAUUGUUUUCUCUCUUUAUCUUCGUAAGAUAUCUGUUCUUGGACAUCGCAUAUUUCUAAUCUACGCAAUUCCUCUUGGUCUAGCAAUUACUUGGGCAUAUGCUUUCUUGCUUACAGAAGCAGGGUUUUACACCUACAAAGGGUGUGAUGUAAACAUACCUGCAUCAAAUAUGGUUUCAGAGCAUUGCAGAAAGCAUUUUUCUAGGAUGAAGCAUUGUCGGGUUGAUACUUCUCAUGCAUUGAAAUCCUCUCCAUGGUUUAGAUUUCCCUAUCCGUUACAAUGGGGUGUUCCUGUCUUUCACUGGAAAAUGGCUCUUGUAAUGUGUGUGGUUUCCUUAAUCUCAUCCGUGGAUUCGGUUGGCUCAUACCAUGCAUCUUCUCUAUUGGUAGCAUCGAGACCUCCAACUCCUGGAGUUCUUAGUCGAGGAAUUGGUUUGGAAGGUCUUUGUAGUGUCUUGGCUGGUCUCUGGGGAACUGGAACUGGAUCUACAACUUUAACCGAAAAUGUUCAUACAAUUGCCGUGACUAAAAUGGGAAGCCGGCUGUCUGUUCAACUAGGUGCAUGCUUUCUGAUAUUGUUGUCUCUCAUAGGUAAGAUUGGAGGGUUCAUUGCUUCAAUUCCUGAAGUUAUGGUUGCUGGUCUCCUCUGCUUCAUGUGGGCAAUGCUCACAGCUUGGGGCUUGUCAAAUCUACGCUACAGUGAGGCCGGAAGCUCUCGCAAUAUCAUCAUAGUUGGGUUAUCAUUGUUUUUCUCUCUUUCCGUACCUGCCUACUUUCAACAAUAUGGCAUCUCUCCGAAUUCCAACGUGUCUGUGCCAAGUUAUUUUCAGCCCUACAUUGUUGCUUCUCACGGGCCUUUCCACAGCAAAUAUGGAGGGUUGAACUAUGUCUUGAACACACUUUGCUCGCUACACAUGGUGAUAGCGUUUCUUGUUGCUGUUAUCCUGGAUAAUACUGUACCUGGCAGUCGGCAGGAGCGAGGGGUAUAUGUUUGGUCUGAAGCUGAGGUUGCCAGAAGGGAGCCUGCUGUUGCUAAAGAUUAUGAGUUACCCUGGAGAGCUGGUCGGAUUUUCAGGUGGGUGAAGUGGGUUGGCCUGUAAUUCGUGUUUUGGGUUAAAUGAUGGAUAGCAUUAGGUCAUGUUACAUAGUAAAUUUGUAUACAUUUUGGGGGGGUAGGGGUGGGAGAUUUGUAGGGAGGGGUCUGUGUUGUAAUUUAUUAGAUUAACCAUGUAUCUAGUUCUGAUUCAUUCAAAAUUGAAAUUUUUCUCUUGCUUUAGAGCAAGGCUUGACAACAUUUUGCAUGUAUAUAUACUUUUUUUUACCAGUUUCAUACAGCUUCAUUGUAAUUCCGCGAUGUAGCAAGCUAUUAGAUACUUCAGAUGUCCAAUGUCCGUGGUAGAAUGUAUAAUCUAUAGUAUGUGUCAAAGGGCAUUCAUGGAACAAAGAAUGUAUCUUCAGGAAAAUGAAUGGUUUACCCUAGUGUUGAUGUU